GCCGCAUCGCAUAGGAUAUCCUUAUAUCGAGAUAAGAUUAUUACCAUAUUUGUCUCGCAAAAAAGGAAGGGAAAGAUCGAUGCUUCGGUUACAGGUUAAUGUUCCAAUUUAACAGACUGCCUCCGUACAUCCCGGUUUCCCUUCUCCUCCCGCAAGAAAGAUACUGGCGCCUGACCUUGAGUACGCAGCAGACUGAUUAAAUAUGUACUCCUUAGGGCCCUAUUUCCUGGGCAGAGAGCACAGGAGCGAGCCCAGCUCAACUGCAGCAGGGUUAACAUCAGCUACGAGAAUCGGAUACAUUCCCUCAUGGAUUUAUAGAAUUCUUCUUCUCACAUUCUCUUCAGAUCUACAAACCUCCAGCCGACGUUGCCUGUAUCCGGGUUGGUUUUGAUUAUGGCCCACAAAGUACUCCUCUUCCUGGGCGCAGGGAGAAACGUUGGAGCUUCGUCCGUCGAGCUGUUCAAGAACAAAGGAUACAAGGUUGCAUCCGUCGCACGAACUAUCAAGGACGAGGUAAGAACGCAUUCGGACCUGUGCCUGACUGCCGAUCUCAGCAAUCCAAGCACUAUAAAGAGUAUUUUCGAGAGAGUCGAGAAGGAAUUAGGGCCGCCAAACGUUGUGGUAUACAAUCGUCAGUCAAACCCUAUAGAGUUUUCGUAUUGGCAUUCUAUACCCAGGAAAGUGUCACCAAUUAGCCAUCUCACUUCAAAGAUGAAAAUCAAAGAAUUAAUAUACCGAUAACUGACUCCAGCUUAGCUUACUCGUAGUCCAUGGGCCCCGAUCCCGCAAAUUCUGUUUCUACAUCUCUCGAAGACUUCCAAAAAGAUCUUGCAAUCAACACUGUGAGCGCCUACGCAGCCGCCCAAGCCGCUGUGGAAGGGUUCAAGAGACUCCCUCGUACUAUAAAGAAGACUUUCAUCUAUACGGGUAAUAAUGGAAACACAUUCGUAAAUCGUAUUUUUGCUUUUAAAAAGUAAGACUAGCUUAGCCUAUCAGAUAUUCCCACAGUUUCUCUUGCUUGGGAUCGGGAAAUCUGCUGCUUGGUACUUGAUUCAGACGAUGGUUGCAACGCCUGGCUACGCUGCUGAAGGUUACAGCUUCUACUUCGCCGACGAGCGUAUGCCAGAGGGAAAGGCAAUGCAUUACAUUUCUGGACCUGGGCAUGCAGAAUUCUUUUUGCAGCUAGCAGAACAAGAUGGGCAAGGGGAGCCAUUAGCGACAUUUGUAAGGGGAAAGGGUUACGUGGGAUUUGAACGAGACCAAAGAGCCACUCUACCAAAGGUUACUAUUGAAGAGAUACUUGAUCCGAGGUAUGGGGCAAACGGAACUGCGGAGGCGAGGUAUGGGCAUUGAUGCAGGCUAAGCUUGCAUGUUUGGUAACAUUAAUGAAGUUAUCUGUCUUCUGUCGCCUUAAGAUUUCUCGCUGCCUACUCGUCUAUAAUUAUUAAACUGUUGUGCAUGGC